GAAACAAAACGGCGGGCGUUUUUGAAAGGCUCUGACUUUUUAACCUUGCCGACGUUAUCCUGUUUAACAGCAGAUUUACAUUGUUAUUGUUUUUAGUUCGUCACGUUUCUUAUACACUGUGGACCGAGAAGUUAUAUUCGCACUUUCCAAGAACGUACCCAAAUGGAUCUAUAAAAAAAACAAAUGAUGGUAAUGAAAUUUAUCACACACUUUCUUGCUCAAAUCGGACCGCAGUCUGAAUAUACUUGGACUCGUCUAAUUUACAGUACACUUAAGGCUCCUACAUAUCAUUUGUACUUUGAAUUGCUACUAAUUAUUGGUAUUAUAUGGUUGUUGUUUAAACGCAGUUAUCGUAUUAAUGACGUGAUUAAUCUAAGUGUGGAAGAAAAAAAUCAACUGAUUAGUGAAUGGAAACCCGAUAGUUUGGUUCCAAAAGAUUGGGAACCAUCAAAAUAUCUAUUAAAACAAUUCCACAGAUGUGCAUAUGGUCCUCUUGGCAAAUAUGUCAAUUUCAACUUGGAAGUGGAAGAGUUUGAAGCUACUGAAAUGAAUGUUAGUAAGAACCAUCUCAAUUUUGCGACAUUAAAUUUCUUAAACUUUGUUGGGGAUUCGGAUUUGUCUAAUGUUGCUACUGAACAGAUGAAAAAAUAUGGUGUUGGAUCAUGUGGACCAAGAGGAUUUUAUGGUACUUUUGAUGUUCAUCUUGAAUUGGAAAAUAAAUUAGCUGAAUUCCUUGGUGUUGAAAAAGCAGUAAUCUAUUCUUAUGGAGCAGCUACAUUUUCUAGUGCUAUUCCAUCCUAUUCCAAACGAACUGAUGUAAUAUUUGCAGAUGAACGUAUCAGCCAUGCUACGUAUCUAGGAUUAGUGGCAUCUAGAAGUCAUGUUCGAUUUUUCCGUCAUAAUGAUAUGGAGCAUUUGGAACAGUUACUGAUAGCACAGGCGAAAAAAGAUAAAGAAGAUCCUAAACGUGCAUUACUAACCCGCCGAUUUUUUGUUGUUGAAGGUAUUUAUUUCAAUUCUGGAGAAAUAUGUCCCUUAUCUGAGCUUAUUGCUUUAAAGUAUAAAUACAAAGUUCGCAUUUUGUUAGAUGAGACCAUUUCUUUUGGAGUAUUAGGUAAAACUGGUAGGGGUGUAACCGAAUAUUUUGGUGUUAAUAUCGAAGACAUUGACUUAAUCUCAGGUAAGCUUAUGCUUUUAUUUCACAUUUCUUCAUUUGUAUAACUUUUUUCUUAUUGAUUGUUUUAUCUAUGAUUAGCUACUUGUUUAGUGAAUUCACAAUAAUAAUAUUCUGAUUGGCUGGGGAUUGUUGAUUUGAUAAAGCAAAGGUCAAGGUUUUUACCUCCUACACUGAAUUACUUAACUACACAAUAAUAUAAUUGCAUGCAUUAACUGAUAAACGUCAGUCGUAAAUCAUGACUGUUAUGGCUGCUAUGACCGUUACCUGACAAUUUCUCAUGGUGAUUUAGCAGGUGUAAAACAGUUUGAUCCAGACAAUUUUUGUUAUUAAAUUUUUCAAGUGUUCAUUGGAAACUGCUUUAGGAGUAUGUGGAGGAUUUUGUGCUGGAUCGCAGUAUGUUGUUGGUCAUCAAGAACUUUCUGGACAAGCAUAUUGUUUCUCAGCUUCUCUACCACCCAUGUUAGCUAAAGCUGCAUGUACAGCAAUUUCUAAAUUGCAGUCACCUAAAGAAAAUGGUAGACGUAACCAGCGGUUAUUGGAAUUAGCCAGGUUAACUGACAAUUUGUUUCAUUCGAACAGCAAGUUAACCAGUAUUUGGAAACUAUAUGGUCAUCCAGAUAGCCCCUUAAAACACUUAAGAUUAAGAGAAAAUAACACUUUGGGUAAACUUGAGGCUGUUGUUCAAACUGCUUUUGUUUGGACUGAUGAACGAAACUUUAAAGCACCUCCUUUAUUGUUGACAGUAUCAAGUGUAUCAAUAAGUUUACAACUGAAGACAUAAAAAAAUGAAUAUACAUAUUUGGGUAUCAAGAAUAUGUGGAUACAUACCAUCAGACGAAUUCAAGAGAGGAAAGUCAGUGAAACUUUGAAUAUUUACUGAGCGUUUGCCAACAAUAUUUUGAUUGAGAUGUACUGAAGAUCUUUUUUGAGCGACUGCAGAAAGUGAUUGCAUAUCGUUUGUGAGCCCACUGUGUAACACAUCGGCAGAAGGCCCAGAGAGCAUUCUAUAGGAGAUAACAUGAAUAAUCAGAAUCCAAUAUACUGGCAAAGAAAUUUAAAACAUUCGUAGUUUAGAUAGGUAUAAGUUGCAUAAAAAUGAUUGUAAUUGUACUUUUUCAUGGCUAAUGUUCACAUUACUUUUUUUUAAACAUUCUAUUCCUUGUAACCAUUUUCGAAAAAAAAUUUAUAUCUACACUUCUGUUGACUAAUGUUUCAAGUUCUCUGAUUUCUAAUGGUUGCGUUUCAACUUGAAUGAAACUCUUUUAGCGUUACUUCUUAUUACAAACAAAGGUCUCUGUUUGCAACUUGGACUGUCGACUUGUAUCAACGGUUUGGUUAAACAUACGAAAGUUUCUUCACACCAUAUUUG